UAGUUUAGCAUGAAAACAGAGCACCCAGUAAAGUCCUGGAAACGUCUAGGAGUGUGAAGAACCCUCUCACCGCUCUUUUCUUUCUUCACAAUAAAAUCCCCUUUUUCAUCCAAUUUGUAAGUGAAUUUUUCAGCUUGUCGAAUCCCAAACCCUAAAAUAAGAAAUCAAUCGAAACCUUUAAAGGCAAAGUUUAGAAAUGGCGACGACAGAAUCAGACUCAGAAAAACCAGUAAUGAUGGUAGGAAUUGAUGAAAGUGAAGAGAGUUUUUAUGCGUUAGAAUGGACACUUGAUCACUUCUUCGUUCCUUACUCUCCUAAUUACCCUUUUAAGAUCUUACUUGUUCAUGCUAAACCUCCUCCUUCUUCUGCUAUUGGAGCCACUGGUCCUGGAGCGGCAAAUGUUUUAUCAUUGACGGAAGCAGGUCUAAAGAAAGCAGCUUCAAGGGUGAUUGAUAAGGCUAAAGAUUUGUGCCACUCUAAAUCAGUGCAUGAUGUUACAGUUAAAGUUGUGGAAGGCGAUGCAAGGAAUGUUCUUUGUGAGGCUUCUGAGAAGCUCCAUGCGUCUAUGUUGAUUGUGGGCAGUCACGGCUAUGGUGCAAUUAAGAGGGCUUUGUUAGGUAGUGUAAGUGAUUACUGUGCUCAUCAUGCUCGUUGCUCGGUAAUGAUAGUUAAGAAGCCUGGGAUUAAGCACUAAUCUCAUUUUGUAAGUGUUGGUUGAUGAAUGAGGCUUUGGAAGAAAGGAUUGACCUGUUUCACCUUCAUUCCUUGUCUAUCUUUUAUGUAUAUACUUCUCCAGAAAAUGUUGUUUGAGUUCGACAAAUCGGACACUUAUGGAUUGCUGUUUCUGAGUACUUUAUAAUCUAUUCUUAGGUGUUCCUUCAUUUGUUAGUUGAAUACUAAGGGUAACAGCAUGUCUAGACAUUUACACUAAUGUUUAAUUGGAGAGUUUGAAUAGAUUUUUAUUUUUGGC